GAAAAAGAAGAAAUUUCCCAACUUUUUAUCAUUUUGUUCUCCACAAAUUCUUUCAAUUCUCAAUUUGCUCUCAAAUCUGUCAUUUCCGCUUUUGAAUACCAAAUUCCCCCAUCAAAUUAAUCGUCUCCUUUAACCUUCUUCUUCUCAAUCCCUACCAGUCGCCAUCAAUUUGUUGUAUCAAUCUACUCCCCAACCAAAAUCAUUGAAAAAAUCCUCUUCUCUACAACCCAUAAAUCCCAGUUUGCAGCCUUCGAUCCACUCCUUAACCCUUCACUUCCUCUUCAUCGUCGUCUGUUUUUUGAACUGCCGGCGAUGUCGAACUUUACCGUUGAGUCUUGUAAAGUCGAAACCAGUGAUGGGGUAAAGCUUCACACGAGGGUUUUCAAGCCAAAAGAUGAGGAAGCAAGGGAAAAUCUAGCGGUUGUUUUGGUCCAUCCUUAUUCCAUUUUGGGUGGUUGUCAAGGGCUUUUGAGAGGAAUAGCCGCUGGGUUAGCGGAAAGGGGUUAUAGAGCUGUGACUUUUGAUAUGAGAGGCGCUGGGAAAUCUUCUGGAAGGGCUUCUUUGACUGGAUUCGCUGAAAUUAAAGAUGUGAUUGCUGUUUGCAAAUGGGUUUGUGAGAAGUUGUCUGUUCGUCGAAUUUUGUUGGUGGGUUCAUCUGCAGGCGCUCCCAUUGCAGGCUCAUCUGUGGAUUUGAUAGAACAAGUGGUAGGCUAUGUUAGCCUUGGCUAUCCUUUUGGCCUAACUGCCUCAAUUCUUUUUGGAAGACACCACAAAGCCAUUUUACAGUCUCCAAAACCAAAACUUUUUGUGAUGGGCACACGGGAUGGGUUCACGAGUGUGAAACAACUGCAGAACAAGUUAAAAUCUGCAGCAGGACGUAUUGAAACACAUCUAAUAGAAGGUGUGAGUCACUUUGAAAUGGAAGGCCCUGCAUAUGAUGCUCAAAUGGUGAAUCUUAUCUUUCAUUUUAUUUCUUCUUUGUAGGAUAUCAACUUUGCUUAGAAUAUUUGUGUGAAAACAGCCCUUAUUAUCAUUGUGCAUUAGGUUUUGCAAUAUUAACUUCUUGCGUGUUGUGUAGGAAA